CGUUGGAGCAUUCUUGGCAGAGUCUCUCUCGGUGAACAGCCAGUCGACCGUCGGCCAACCAGUGUUUCCACAAUGUCUGGAGAUUUAUCUUAACGGAGUAGGAGAAAAAACAACAACACACAGGAGCAGCGUUAAGAGUAAGAGUGAAAAACCGAGCUUUCUCCUCUGCACCGCGUCACCACGCCUGCUUCACCUGUGCAGCUGAAACCAGAACAAGAUCUGCAUUAGACUGAAAAUAGUCCAAGAAGAAGAGGAAGAGGACCAGUCCUGACUCAAACGGGUCCAUCAUGGAUCAGCGAAGUCUUUCCUGCAAUGUUUUUUGAAGCUGGAGGCUGCAGCACCGUCAGCAGUGUGUGUGUGGGGCGAUGCCAGCCCCCUGCCCAUCUGGCCUCUAUCCUGCCCUGAGUUCUCCUGGGGUGCCAUGAAUAACUACAGAGACAGAGGGGUCACCUGCACCUCCUCGGAUCUCCUGGAUGGGGGAGGAGGAGGAGGGUUACCCCAGCACACUCCGUUUCGUCACACCCCCAAUGGCCACCUGGUGCCUGGCCCAACAGACCCGGCCAUGCAACCACGCGUCUCCGUACCUAAAAUGGGUGUUCGGGCGCGUAUUGCAGAGUGGCCCCCACGUCGAGCGCAGUCUCGGGAAUCGCUGCUUGAAAACGGGCAAUAUGGCAACAAUCACCACGGAGACGACUGCUCCACUUCAUUGUCCUCAUCAGUUUUGUCUUCAGACAUCGGGUUGGUGCGGGGUGGAAUCACUAGGUUGCCACGACGACGGUCCAAGGAUGUAGAGUUCAGAGGUGGAGGGUUUGGCGUUGAGAGAGGUUCACCUUUGAGUCUGCGUGUUUUCCCCCCUCUGAGGCAGCGCUCCAACAGCGAGGUGACGCUGAGCGAACAGGACGAGAACGAGGUGGAGGUUCGAGGAGGAGGGGGAAUGGGAAACUUGUUCAGAGAGUAUGGCAGCACCUCCUCUAUCGACAUCCAGGGCAUUCCUGAGCAGAGCUUCUUCGACAUGCUCAGCCAGUUCCACCAGGAGAGGCCUGACCAGCGCAGCACAGCUCCCAUACGCCUCGGGGAGCUGCUGCGUGCUCCAGAUUCACCACCGAGCGCAGCUUUGCCCUCUGCUCCCUCACCUGGUCCCACACCAGGUGGGGACGACAGAGGGACAGGGAGGAAGGAUGGAGCUGAGCGAGUGAGGAAGAAAAGUGGAGGGACAGAGUCAUCGUUGGGCACCUCUUCUUUGUUUCGGAAACUUCGGAGCUCCAGUCGAGGGGAGCUGGAUGGAGGGAAAGGAGAGAGUGGUGAAGACGGAGGGGGGCGGGGCUCAACAGAUGCAUCUUACAAACCGUGGGUGUGCCCUAAGAGUUUUGUCCACUUCGACGCUCAGAGCAUCCUGUUUGACCUCCACGAGGCGGCAGUUCAGCGCGGAUACGUCACCCAGAGGAGGAACACUGCUACGGGGGCAUCAGCUGCUUCAGUGUCUCUGUCUGUGUCCAAAUCCUCGGCUCCGAGCGGGAAUGACCCCGUUUACUCCAGCAUCGAGGAUCUGACCCUGAGCCUCGACCCUGGCUCCACAACGCCUUCUCUGGGCAUGGACCCUCUGGACGGGCCUCCUGGAGCCCACAGCUCGAGCCCACUCCUCCUCUGCUGCCCCCACUUCCUCAACGAGACCGGGGGCCACGGGGAGCGCAACAUCAGCUUCCUCAGCUCGUCAGCAGAGCGAGGAGGGGAGGGAGGAGGAGAGGGAGCAAGGAGCUGGCUGAGGAGGAGUAACGCCAGCGUCUCAGUGCUGGAGGUGCCUAUUGAACAGCAGGUUACGAGACUGGACAGACUGAAACUGUACAGCAUAGAGCAUGUUGACCUGGGGGCCAGGUACUACAGAGACUACUUCCAUGGGAAAGAGCACUCAAACUACUUUGGGACAGACGAUAAGCUGGGCCCUGUGGCCGUGAGCAUCCGCAGGGAGAAACUGGAAGACACCAAAGACCUGAAAGACCAGUACCAGUACCGACUCAUCGUCAGAACGAGCGAGCUGGUGACCCUGCGAGGCUCCAUUUUAGAGGAUGCUGUGGCAUCUACGGGACGGCACGGCACGGUGCGAGGUCUGCCGUUCAAGGAGAUCCUUGAGCAGGUCGUCCCCGAACUCAGUGUCUCCUGCUUGAGACUGGCGCUCAGCACGCCCAAGGUCACAGAGCAGCUUCUCAAACAGGACGAACAGGGGUUAAGUCAGAAGCACAAAGUGGGUGUUCUGCUGUGCCGCACAGGCCAAAGCACAGAGGAGGAGAUGUACAACAACGAGGAGGCAUCGCCUGCCUUCUCUGCCUUUUUGGAGCUGCUGGGGGAGCAGGUGCUUCUCAAAGGAUUCACCAAAUAUGCCGCACAGCUUGACACUAAGACGGACUCUACGGGCACCCACUCCCUGUACACCACCUACCAGGGCUACGAGGUCAUGUUCCACGUUUCCACCAUGCUGCCGUACAUGCCCAGCAACCCACAGCAGCUCCUGAGGAAGAGGCACAUAGGGAACGACAUUGUCACCAUAAUCUUCCAGGAGCCUGGAGCGUUGCCUUUCACCCCCCAGAAUAUCCGCUCACACUUUCAACACGUCUUUGUGAUUGUUCGUGUACACAACCCCUGCUCUGAAAACACCUGUUACAGUGUGGCUGUGACAAGAAUGAAGGACGUGCCUCCCUUCGGCCCACCCAUCCCCAGCGGAGUCACCUUCCGCGACCCGGAAACCUUUAGAAACUUCCUUUUAGCCAAAGUUAUCAAUGCAGAAAAUGCAGCGCACAAGUCGGAGAAGUUCCACACCAUGGCGACACGAACACGGCAGGAGUACUUGCGCGACCUGGCCGAGAACUACGUCAGCAGCACGCCACUCGACUCGGCUGGCAAACUAAACAACCUCAUUUCCCUCGCGUCCAAGAAACGUGAGCGCUCAAAGGCGAGAGAUGGAGCAGAGCUGGGGGCUGCGGGGGCCGUCGCCUGGAGGGUCCUGGCCCAGGACUUUAGUGGAGGUGGGACAGAGCUCCCCUGUGCCUUGGGUUUGUCAGCUGAAUAUAUCCUCCUGACAGACUGCUCCACCAAAGAGGUGGUGUUUAACUGUUUCUGUGCCGAUGUGAUUGGCUGGACACCCGAGCGGCUGGCGCUGAAGAUCUUCUACGGGAGAGGAGACCACAUCGCAGUGCGGGUACCAGAAGGCUGUGCACAGGAUGUCAGGGAAAUGGUGCAGAGGUUAAAGUCACUGACAGUGGGAUGUGAGACGGUGGACAUGACUCUGAGGAGAAACGGACUGGGACAACUGGGCUUCCAUGUUCGUCUGGACGGCACUGUGGCCGAGGUGGAGGAAUACGGCUUUGCCUGGCAGGCGGGGCUGAGGCAGGGCAGUCGGUUAGUGGAAAUCUGCAAGGUUGCCGCGGUGACGCUGACUCAUGAGCAGAUGAUCGACCUGCUGAGGACGUCGGUCACGGUCAAAGUGGUCAUCAUUCCUCCGUACGAAGAAGGGGGGCCUCGCAGGGGUUGCACAGAGGAGUACGAAAUGAAGACCAUGGAGCAGAAGCCAGAACCUGAGCCUUUGGCGGCAGGCUACCGACCAACCCCACGCCCAACAUGGCGAUGGGACAGCCCACCCAUUCCCCCAGGGCUCCACAACGCUCCCAAUCCGCAGCGCUGGGCCCCCAUGGGUGCCCCACCUAUUCCGCUGCCUCGCUCACACAAAGCUCUGAUGCCUGUUCCCUACAGGGAGCCCCAGCACCUCAACCCCAAGAGGCCGGUGAGCUACCCAGAGAACCACUACAGUCUGUCUCCUGCAGGAGGCGACAGAAUGCUGCCCUACAGAAACCCCUCAGCCAGCUUCUCCUCGCCCUCCUCGGGCCUGGUGGGGCUCUCCACGAUAGGGCCGCCUGGAAUCACACCGGGGCCCUUUGUACGCUACAAACCUUCACCUGACAGAUAUGGAACAGGACAGCGCCCCCUGCUGCCCUAUGAGCCCCACCUCAGUAUGGACAUCCCUUCCAGUGGAGAGUCUUCCUCAGGCUUCACCAGUCAGGACAGCACCAUGGAGCGCUGCAAAACAGAACCCCUCUGGCACGUCCCAGCAUCAUCGUCUCGGGGGCCGGGUGGUGGAGGGGGGCAGAGGAGACUACCCAGACAGGAUGUCCCGGGAAAAGACUCCCCAAACAGACACUCGAAGGGCGACACUCAGUACUCCAGCCACUCCAGCAGCAACACCCUGUCCAGUAACGCCUCCAGCAGCCACAGCGACGAGCGCUGGUUCGACGGAGGAGCCGGAGGAGAGCGCGGGGGCGGCGGUUGCCUCGGGGAUCCAGCCGACCCUGACCCUGACCUCCUCAACAAGGGAGGGUCCAACGACAGCGGCAUCGACGCCCCGACACACUACAACAACGCUCGCCACGGAAACAUUUCCAACAGCCAGUCACACCACAAGACUGUGCACUGCUCAGCCACCUACAGCGGCAUCCCGGAGCUGUCCGUGGGAAGGAGCACUGGCAACGGAGAAGCCAGGAGACGAGAGUCAUCACCCAUCAUACCAGCCGCGGCCAAUCAGAACAAAGGGUACCGGACGAGGACAUUUCCACCACCUGGUUCCAGCGUUGAUAAAAUGGAUGCUUUCAAACCCAGGGCCUACACACCUCAGGGUUACAAGACACCAACAACAGACAAAGCCCGGCCUGUCCGAGCCUCUACGGCAACACCCACUUCAGCUCAGUUAAGCUCCACCCCUCUGUCCAGCUCCGCCCCCAAGACUUUAUACGGAAAGAGCAGACAAACUGCCUGGCAGCCCGAAGACGCCAGCCCAUCACCUUCAAACACGAACACAGCGUCCAGCUCUGACAGCAGCAGCAGCAAGAAGCAGGUGGAUACGAAUUCAAAGAACGUGUUUGGACAGCCUCGACUCCGAGCAUCACUGAGGGACCUGCGCUCUCCACGGAGAACUUACAAGAGCACCAUCGAAGACGACUUGAAGAAACUGAUCAUCAUGGACAACCCCGGAGAGAUGCCACAAAGAGAUCCGUCUCCCAGACGCACCUUGCAGCGCACCUUUUCAGACGAGUCUCUGUGCAGCGGGCGUAAGGACUCCAGCUUCGCCAACUCAGAGAACCAGACCACCCCUAACGAUGUGCUUUUCACCUGUACACUGCCCACACGCAGACAUGCCGUCUCCUCCAACCACAUGCAGAGUAAGAAGGUGCCUCUGUCUGCGUCUGAGCUGUCCCUUACAGAAGUGAGGGACAAAGUUCCCCCCCUGAGGAGGCUGGAUCCCGGCCUGAUGCCCCUCCCUGACACAGCCUGUGGACUGGAGUGGUCCAGCCUGGUCAACGCCGCUAAAGUCUAUGAAGCACAAAGAGCAGUUUCCCUCUUCUCUCUGAAUGAGGUGCACGUUGGAGGUCCAGACAUGAGACCAGUCGUCAGUCCUGUCCAGUUUCCCACUCCACAGACGCCAAGAACCACACCCACCUUCAGCGGUGACGAGGUGCCCAACGAUUUGUCAGGACGUCUCUACCACCUGGAGGUGAUGUUGAAACAACUGAACACUGAUCUGGAGAGGGAGAAGCACGACAAGGUGGCGCUGCUCGCCGAGAUGGCCAACCUGCGAGAGAACAACCAGCGGCUGCAGGAGGAGAGCCACUCGGCCAGCGAGCAGCUGCGCAAGUUCAGUAUGCUGUUUACCAAUAUCAACAAGACAGGAAGUGACCACGAGGCGCACUCCAUAACGCCCGAAACUCAGUCAAAGAGGGAUUAAUCAGCACCUGCAUAAAGAAGAAGAAGAGUAUGUGAUUCAGGCCAGAGAGGGGGCGAGUGAGAGAAAUAUCCUUUUUAACGCUGCCUGCUCAGUACCCAUAAUUCCUUGCACACACAGAGGCAGCAGAGGUCACCGUGAAGUCACCUCACUUCCACUGGACCGCCUUAAACUUGAGAGAGUCAGAGAAAAAAACACGUUUUUGAAUCACUCCUCGAAAGUCUUGCCUGGCAUUCCUUCACUCGGAGCGGAGACCCUCCCUCUCUUUUCUCUGAGCCCGUUUAUUUUUAUAAACUGAAGUCUUAUACAUAAACUUGUCAUAAAUAUAAAUACACACAUGCUACUAUGCUAGAGGAGCGAGUAGGAGUGGAGACUGUUUUACAUCACCUGGAGAGGCCUAAUACUGUUCCUGCAGCGAAUCAGCCAAAAAAAAGAAAGAAAGAAAAAAAAAGACUCAUUACAGACUGCAUCUCCCAGAAUGCACUAGAAGUAAUGGAAGCUCUACAGACAUGGUACUGUAGAUAGAUGCCUGUGUGGUACAAUUCUCAUGAAUCAAUAUUAUCUAUAUUGUACUAAUAUUGUAUAACAGUCGUAUUAAAGAGGUGUGUGUGUGUGUGUGUGUGUGUGUGUGUGUGUGUGUGUGUGUGUGUGUGUGUGUGUGUGUGUGUGUGUGUGUGUGUGUGUGUGUGUGUGUGUGUGUGUGUGUGUGUGUGUGUGUGUAACUGAUGGUACAGCGAAUACUCAGAAGCGUUAUCGCACAAUCGUGUUUGUGCUCAAAACUAGAUGCAUUUUAUUAUCCUUUGGUAUGUGUGUGAUGGUCUGUUUAAUGACGACUGACAGAUGAACAAACUAAUUUACUGUAAUGUGAAACUCGUGGGCCACAUUAUUUUUCCUUUCCUCUGUUUACAUGGACAAAGUUUGGCCCAAAGAUGUGAAACAAGCCAUCAGCGUGUUGAGAGAGUAAAUGUCAGAAACUCAGUGAUUAUAUGACAGUAUCAUAUCUUUAAUGUAGUUUUUAAUUUUCACUGUUUUCAGCAGUGCUGUAUCAUCUCAGAUCUAAACUUACUGAAUCAUUGUUUUAUCCCGUAACUCAUUUUCACUGUACGUCUUUAAAAAUCAUCAUUAUUCUAAUAUUGAAAGAAAUAGUUUGACAUUUUGUGAAAUAGCUUAUUUACUUUCUGGUGCAAUGCUGGAAGAGAUACUCUUCCUUUAUUUAAGUUAAAGUACCAAUACAGCAAUGUAAAAAGGACCAGUUUUACCAUUACAAGUCCUGCAUGAAAAAUCCUACUAGUAAAAGUACGUAAAAUAUAGGCAGCAAAAUGCAGUUAAAUUAUUAAAGUACUCAUUUAGUCCCUCUGACUGAUAUUAUAUAUUAUAUAUGGAGGUUGUGAGAUGAUUAAUGGGAGAGGAAAGAAGAAAAAACAAAGCUCUAAUACACUGGUCACUUCUUUUUUUAGCUUUAGUUUCGUUUUAAUUAGUCAGUGGGAGGAAAAAAUAUAAAUCCUACCAUUUGUCACACUUCAGACCGUUGAUCCCCCAAAAGUAAGACAGCCCUGUAACACCGGCCCACAUGAGAGCUUUGUGUCAGGUCUGAAAUAUUCAACAGUGAAUCACAAAAAAGUGACAGCAAAAAUGAGAAAUCCUGAUCAGUGAAAGAGAAGAGAAAACAUUGUAAUCAAAUGUUUCACCCUUUUAUAGUUUUAUUGUAUUUUUUUAUGAGAUUUGCCUUUGAGGUUUCGGGUUUUAAUUUUUUUUUUUUUCUAGUUUGAUUCAUGGGAUAUUUAAUCCCAUACAAUCUGUGACCUGCUCAUUUAGGUACCUGGUAGCUACUUGGUUUGGGUCACUGUAUUAAACACGGUGCCCUCAGAGUAUUCACAUAUUAAAAUAAACCAGAUAUAAUAUGUGACCCAGUCAGCUUUAGAGGUGGAUUUUUAAGCAAAUAAGCACAUUUCCACAAAUGUCAAAUUUUUCCUUUUUAUAAUCGCGUCUUCUUUGCAUACUAAUCGAAAUGAAGCUGUGUCUCCUGUAAAUUGUGCUCGUAGAAAAACUUUUACUGUAACACGAAACUCACUCGACAACACUGAAGCUCCUUCAUGUCAGAACCACUCUGUGUAUGUGUGUAUGUGUGUGUGUAUGUGUGUGUGUAUGAGGAUUGAUCCCGACGUUCUGUGAUAACCCAAAUGAACACAAAAGACACUAUUUAUACUGUUAGCUUGCUUACCGAUCUUGUCUACGAUAUCUAUUUUUCAUACAGAGAUCUGAAUGUCUGUGAUGUUUUUCGAAUGCUGGUACUGAACGGACGAUAACGUCCCAGCAGCAGAGGCUAUGUGACGAUGUUUCUUAUCUUAAAGCUUCCUGUGUCGGUAUCGAUAUUAGCUGAUGAUGACAUUGUACUGAAUCAUCAUCAUCAUCAUCAUCAUCAUCUCCUGCUCCGCUCCGCUCCGUGGACCAGCUUCUUCUUCAUCAUCAUCAGAAGGCUAUUUCUUCUUCUUCCCUGAUCUGACUGGAAAUGUUUCCUUGAAUUCUCCAACUCGCUCAGGUUCCUCGAGAUGCUGUUCAUGGCACUAAACGGUGGGUUAGGGGUUGGCGAUAUGCUGCGUUUGUACCCUCGGACAGUUUUAUACCGUUGUUGCGAUCCCUUUAAUAUUUCUGGGUGUGUUCGAGGCAAUUGGAUUUUUAUUAUUUUUUGCACCCAUGUGAUAAAGUACUGUGAUUUAUAUGGAUUUAAUUUGCUGGAUUAGAUACAAAAAAAAAAGACUUUCCUGACUCAUUAUUUUUUCAAAAUUGAUUUUCUGGCAGUUUGUGACAGAAGAUAAAAUAUGCUGUGAUAGAAGAUUUGACCCGUAUCGCCCACUCCUACCAUCAUACUUUGCUUUCACUGACUUGGAGGUGUGCCUCCUUUAUUCCUCUGCAGCCAAUAAAGGUUCACGUUUGGGCUUGAUACCAGUCAUGUUUUUACCGAAGCCUGACUGGACCCAAUGUGGUUCAGGCCUCUCCAAAAACCAACAAGCUCCAAACUUUAUUCUGCUUUUGGAUAUUUAAAGUCUCCAUGUGACACUCCUGUUGUAGGAAAUCCUUCAUUCAUGCAGCUUCGCAGGUGUAGCUGUGACGUUAGUCUUAAUCUUUAGUUUUGCUUGUGUAAAAGGGGCAAGGUUUCUUUUUAUUUUAUUUUAUUAAAUAUAUAUAAAUAUAUAUACAUUUUGUUUUCAUGCAUAAUUUUAAGGUAUUUAUAGCAUACAUCAUGAUCCAUGUUGAACAAAUCAAUAAUGCAUUAUGGUUAAUAUUGUAUAACUAGGUUUGUUUUGUUUUUUUAGAUGUUAAAUAUUUUGAUAAUUUAUUUUUUAACACUUUGGCCACUGUUGCAGACGGCAGUGGAGAUCAGAGGGUACUGUUGUGUUUUUAUGUUUAUGCUGUUUUAUUUCAAAUCUGUGUACAAAACUGAUUUAUAUGAUUUUCAUUGUUUUUCUAUUUUCAUCUUUUUUUUCCCACUCUUUGCACCACGCAUAGACAAACUUUUGGUUCAACAUUUUGUUUUUGGGUUGUAAUAAUAAGUGUACAUUCAAAAGUGUAAAUUAUGUUUUUGUUAUUUUAUAUAAAAUGU